AUGUCGAGUCUAAGGAUUCUUUUAACAGGCGCAAACGGUUACAUUGGAGGAGCAGUUCUAGAUUCUCUUCUCACCGAUGACAUCAUCACGGUGAAUAAAUCCAACGUCUCUGCCCUGACAAGAGCGAGUGGUGCCGCAUCCGUGAGGGCUAAAGGUCUCGAGCCUAUGAUAUUCAACAACUUGGACGAUACUGAUGUCUUGGCUGAACUCGCCAGCCAACACGAUGUUGUCAUCCACUGUGCUUCGGGCUUCCACACCCUCUCUGCACGAGCCUUGAUAUUAGGUCUUGCGCAGAGAAAGAAACAGACCGGCAACGACGUCUACUACAUCCACACUUCUGGCACGUCCAACAUUGCCGAUCGACCUAUUUCCAAGACAUUCUCUGAAUUAAACUACCCUUUGUCCGACAAAGAUGACAUAUUCUCUUACCUGAAGAGCAGAGACUCUGCCGUCCCAUACGCCCAGCGUACCAGCGAUAUUGUUGUUACUGAGGUCGGCGUCGAGUAUGGCGUCAAGACGUACAUCCUGAUGUCUCCCUCUCUUUACGGCAUUGGCACAGAUCCGCUCCAUGAGUUCUGCCACACGCCUAUCCUGAUCCGCAAGUCAAUCCUCCUGGGCAACACUCCUGUUGUUGGUGAUGGUGCUGGACGCUGGGAUAACCUUCACGUCUUGGACAUGGCGCGCGCUUACAAGGUCGUUCUCUCGAAGAUCUUGAGCGGUGCAGGUGCAGACAUUCCCCACGGCAAAGAUGGGGUCUAUUUUCUGCAAGAUGGCCAUCAUACAUGGCUUGAGCUUUCUCAAAUGGUUGCAAAGGCUGGCGUGGAAGCUGGCGCUCUCAAGACCACCGAGAUUAAGCAACUGUCCCUGGAGGAAGCCACUAGAAUACUAACCGGCGGCAGAAAUCUCCUGGCCGAGAUCGGCUGGGCUUCCAACUCUCGUUCUUCAGGCGACAAGAUCCGUGCACUAGGCUGGGCGCCUCUGAGGAGUGCUGAUUUUGAAACUCAUGCCGCUCUAGACUGGGUGAAUAUCUUGGCGGAUAUCAAGGCCAAGGAGGCGGUUGCGAACUCUACUACAUAG